GCCAGAUAUGCUGCUGCCAGAGAUAGCACGGUUCAGUUCUUCUUCUAUCAACCCAUAAGUCACCAGUGGAGACAGACAGAAUUCUUCCCUUGCACAGUAACAUGCGGAGGAGGUUAUCAGCUGAACUCUGCUGAGUGCAUGGACGUCCGUUCGAAGCGGGUGGUACCCGAUCAGUAUUGCCAUUAUUAUCCUGAAAACAAGAAACCCAAACCGAAGCUGAAAGAAUGCAACAUGGAUCCCUGCCCUUCGAGUGAUGGAUUUAAGGAAAUCAUGCCCUAUGAUCAUUUCCAGCCACUUCCCCGCUGGGAGCACAAUCCUUGGACCACUUGCUCAGUUUCGUGCGGAGGAGGAAUUCAGAGGAGAAGUUUUGUCUGUGUGGAAGAAACCAUGCAUGGAGAGAUAUUGCAAGUAGACGAGUGGAAAUGUAUGUAUGCUCCUAAACCCAGAGUCAUGCAAGGUUGCAACCUGUACGAUUGCCCUAAAUGGAUAGCUCUGGAAUGGUCCCAGUGCACUGUGACCUGUGGCCGAGGGUUACGCUACCGAGUAGUUCUGUGUAUCGAUCAUCGUGGACAACAUACCGGGGGUUGCAAUCCUCAACUAAAACUCCACAUAAAGGAAGAGUGUCUAGUGCCAGUCCCUUGUUAUAAACCCAAAGAGAAAGGCCCUGUUGAGGCCAGAGUGCCUUGGUUCAAGCAAGCCCAUGAAAUGGAAGAGACCAGGACCGUGUCUGAAGAACCCACGUUUAUCCCCGAGCCUUGGUCCCCUUGCAGUGCCUCUUGCGGCCACGGUUCUCAGAUGCGUGAUGUCAAGUGCCGCAUUUAUCUUACGUUUACUCAGGCUGAGGUGGAGCUGCCUGACGAGGAGUGUGGCGAAGCCAAACCAUUGACCGAGCGGAGUUGCCACCUGGAACCGUGCGAGGCAGAUCCGGUCCCGUACACCUUACCUUUCCCACCCUCUGAAGAGGCUGGUAAUGUUUUUUAUGACUGGGAAUACAUCGGCUUCACUCCCUGCUCAGCUACGUGCCUUGGAGGGACUCAAGAAGCCAUUGCUGUCUGCUUGCAUGAAGAGACAAAGCAAGUCGUCAAUGAUAGCCUGUGUGACAGUUCAAAGAGACCCCCGCCAAUGAGCCAUGUGUGCAACACAAGGCUUUGUCCCCCAAGAUGGCAAGUUGGACCUUGGAGACAAUGUACUGCCACUUGUGGCGUUGGCAUCCAGACGAGAGAGGUGCAUUGCCAGCAACCUGGAGGGUCUGUUGAUGGACUUGAGAGCUGCAAAGAGCCAAAGCCUCAUUCUUUGCAAGCAUGCAACCAGCUUGACUGCCCCCCACUUUGGCAUGUUGAAGAAUGGCAACAGUGCUCCCAGACUUGUGGCGGUGGCACCCAGAACGGCAAGGUGACCUGCCAGCAGCUGUUGAUGGAUGGAAGCUUCCUCAAACUCAGUCAUGAGAAGUGCCCUAAACCCAGAUUGCCCAGUUCCAGAGCCUGCGCAAAUAUUGACUGCCCUCCUCAGCUGGUGGUGGGGCCCUGGUCUAAGUGCUCUGUAAGCUGUGGGGUUGGCACACAAAGAAGGAAAGCCACCUGCCAAAAGCGCACGGCCAGCGGCCAACAUCUGGCAUUAAAUGGAUCCCUUUGCAGCGGCUUUCCAGCAUCCCAGCUUGUCAGGCCUUGCCACAGGAAUGCCUGCAGAGGUCUGAAAGAAGAAAAGAAAUCCAGACUUUUUGACAAACCACAGAUACUCAGCAUCCAUAAAGUCUAUAUUCAGACAAGGCAAGAGAAGCGCAUUAAUUUCACGGUUGGAAGCCGAGCUUAUUUACUUCCCAAAACAUCUGUCAUCGUCAGGUGCCCUGUUCGGAGAUUCCAGAAGACGCUUAUCCAGUGGGAGAAAGAUGGGCAGCCACUCCAGAUUUCCAAACGUCUUGGCGUCACCAAAUCAGGGUCUCUCAAGAUCAGUAACCUUGAAAAUUCGGAUAUCGGAGUGUAUAAGUGUGUUGCCGGAUCUGCCCAGGAGAUCUUUGUCCUUAAGCUCAUUGGCACAAGCAACAGGCUCCUGGAAACUGCCACCAGCAGAAAAAAGGCAGGUGAGACCACAGACCACAACGAAUCCAACAGCUUCGGAGCGAAAUGGCACCAGAUAAAUGAGAUGUGGCAGUUGUGGAGCCAGAAAAGUCAACAAUAUCUGCGCGACGAACAAGUGAACGACCAGCCUGCCUUGGAAAACCUGAAAACGCAGAGGAGGAGUUCCGAAGAAGGACACAGUGCUCACGAAUUCACCACUCAGCAACUCAACACCGUAGCUCUACCUAAUGCGUACAGUAUGGAUACGGACCAUUUUGAUGGGCUGAUAAAAAAUUUGAGCCACCUUAUCGAAGCUGGAGAAAUUAGCAACGAUUUGGCUUCCCAGUUUGUCUAUCAACUGAUUGCUGAGUUAGCGAAACCGUCUCCGUCUGCUCGCGAAAAGCAGAAAGAAUCUGAAAACGAGAAGUUCCCCGCCAGGAAAUUUGACAAAUCCCAAAGAGUGACGGAUAAUCUCAGCACAAAAACUGCAGGCACACCAGUAGUGAGAAAUUCAAAAGGAGCUAUUAUUGUCAAGCCGCAGGAAGGGCCACAGGUUUAUUCAAAUGACACUGUAACUCUGCAAUUUGAAGGUACCUUUCUUUUAACCAAGAAUGUCAGCACGAUAAAUUUGCUCUGUGCAACUGCCGGAGUUAGCAAUCUUAAAUAUACUUGGACCAAAGAUGGAAUGCCAUUGAAGCCUGUUGAGAAGGUGACUUUCGAAGCCAAUGGCAAAGUCCAGAUUUUGAACCCCACUGAGAACGAAAUGGGGGUGUAUCGUUGCACAGUGGACAAUGAACAUUUUCAAGACAUGGCACUGUCUUACGCAGAAGCUCCAGCUAUACUGUCAUCUGAAAAAAAUAUUGUCAGUUUUCAGCUUCGGAAUCUGUCUGUCUCUGUGGGAGGUACAAUCCUAGCCAGAACGGGGACCAAUAUUCUGCUGGAAUGUCCUGUCAAAG